GGUCUGGCGUUUCACUUUCAUGUCUGAUAGACUCUGAUGUUUCACCUGAAAAACCCAGAGGAGAGAGAAUUUCCACAAAGAAAAUCAACAAUUCAAUAUCUUAUUCUUAUACUUGUAAGUUCUACUUCUACUUCAUUUUCUAAAUCCCCUCCAAAAAAAGAAUCAAUUUUUUUGAAUAAAAAAACAUUGAGCGAUGAUUUCAGCUUCAAGUUCAAACUGGCUAGACCGGCUCCGGUCAUCCAGAGGUUUUCCGACCGGUUCAGAGCUAGAUCUAGACCGGUUUCUCUCCUCCUCUAGCUCCGGUUCAGUUCCCACCACCGAGUCAGCAACUCACUCCGAGUCGACUCAGUCAACUCGCUUGAGGAGAGAGAAAAUCAUCAUCUCACCCCCGGAGUGGACCCCACCCGUUUCAGGACUACUAAGUGACCUCUUCAACAUGGGAGUAGGAGAAACUUCCAGAACAUUCUCGAAGAAGAGUUCUAGAAAGCAGCCAAACCCUAGAUUCUUCUGCAGUGGGCCGAGUUCCGAGACCGAGUUACCGAGUUCUUCGGACGAUUUGAGGAGAGAGCAAAAUCAAAAUCAAAAUCAAUCAAGUGGUGAUAAUAGCUUGAAUGAGAGGUUAGAGAAUAAUGUAAUUAGGGUUGAUGAAUUGAGAAAAGUUGAUGAUGAUAAUAAUAAUGGAGGAGGAGAAGAAGAAGAAGAUGUUGAUUUGAAGACGUAUUCGAGAAAUGAAGUUACGGUGAUUGAUACUAGUUGUGAAGAAUGGAAGUCGGAUAAAUGGGUUUUUAGGAAAAAUGAUGACUGGAAAAUUAGAGAGAAAAAGAGUAAAUCUAAAUCGAGGGUUUUUGGUGGAAAAAAGAGGAAAUUGUUGGUUAGUAAUUUGGGGGAUAAUAAAUUACAUGAGAAUGAUGAUGAUGAUGAUGAUAAGUUGAAGAUGAAGAAGAAAGAAGAUGAGAUCUUGUUGCAACUAAAUAAAGGACAACCCCAGAAUGUGAAAGAGAGAGAACCUAAUCAGGAAAGAGAAGAUAUUCUCAGGAAAGUCCCUCAAAAGAGGUUUCCUUGCCCAAGACCACCCAAGAAAUACAUUAAUGAAGGCUCACCAGUGAUCCUUCUGAAGUCGAUUCCAUCGAGCAACAGUAAUGCGGCCAUUAAACCUUGUAAAAGCUUUCAAAAGAAGCGCCCGAAAAAGAUGAAGAUUAUAUGAGUUAGUCCUUACAAGAAUUGUUCAUAGAGGACUGGCGAAGAUGAGUGACAAACUUGCUCCUGUAUCUGAAUUUGAGUUCAUGGAAUGUUUAGUCAUAUCUGAUUAGGUGGUCCUGGUGCAUAUGCUUCUUAUCUCAAAGUUGUAAAUUAUGCCGCAAUUUUGUUCUACUGAUAUUCAAAUAUUGUUUACCAAUUACUUAAUAUUAAAUCUUAUUUUUUGGUCUUA